AUGCUGUUCGACAGCUUCGACCUGGUCUCGGCUCUGGCCACCCUGGCCGCCUGCCUGGUGUCCAUGGCGCUGCUGCUCGCCGUGUCCCAGCAGCUGUGGCAGCUCCGCUGGACCGCCACGCGCGACAAGAACUGCAAGCUGCCCAUGCCCAGAGGCUCCAUGGGCUUCCCCUUCAUCGGAGAGACGUGCCACUGGCUGCUGCAGGGUUCAAGUUUCCAUUCGUCGCGGAGGCAGAAGUACGGCAAUGUGUUCAAGACCCAUCUCCUGGGACGUCCUCUGAUUCGGGUCACGGGUGCUGAGAACAUUCGGAAGGUGCUGAUGGGCGAGCACACGCUGGUGACGGUGGACUGGCCUCAGAGCACCUCCACGCUGCUUGGUCCAAACUCUCUGGCCAACAGCAUCGGAGACAUCCACCGCAAGAGGCGGAAGGUUUUUGCCAAAGUGUUCAGCCAUGAGGCCUUGGAGUCGUACCUCCCCAAGAUCCAGCAGGCCAUCCAGGAAAACCUCAGAGUCUGGAGCUCCAACCCAGAGCCCAUCAACGUCUACAGGGAGAGCCAAAGGUUGUCGUUCACCAUGGCUGUGAGGGUGCUGCUGGGCUUCAGGGUGUCCGAGGAGGAAAUGAGGCAUCUGUUCUCAACCUUUCAGGAUUUCGUAAACAACCUCUUCAGCCUGCCUAUCGACCUGCCGUUCAGUGGCUUCAGGAAGGGUAUCCGCGCUCGAGACAUCCUUCAGAAAAGCAUAGAAAAAGCCAUCCGGGAGAAGCCGCAGUGUUCACAGGGGAAGGACUACAGCGACGCUCUGGACGUCCUGAUGGAGAGCGCCAAAGAGAACGGCGCUGAGCUCACCAUGCAGGAGCUCAAGGAAUCAACCAUCGAGCUGAUCUUUGCCGCAUUUGCCACCACCUCCAGCGCAAGUACCUCCCUGAUCAUGGCGCUCCUCCGCUACCCCCACGUUCUGGAGCGCCUCAGGGAGGAGCUCAGAUCCAGGGGCCUCCUCCACAAUGGCUGCCUCUGCCCAGAAGGCGAGCUGAGGCUGGACACCAUCAUCAGCCUUAAGUACCUGGACUGUGUCAUCAAGGAGGUGCUGAGACUCUAUACACCCGUCUCUGGGGCGUACCGAACAGCCAUGCAGACCUUCGAACUAGAUGGAGUCCAGAUCCCAAAAGGCUGGAGUGUGAUGUACAGCAUUCGGGACACUCACGACACAGCCGCCGUCUUCAAAGAUGUGGAAGCCUUCGAUCCCGAUCGCUUCAGUCAGGAGCGAAGCGAGGACAAAGAGGGGCGUUUUCACUACCUGCCCUUCGGCGGUGGCGUCAGAUCGUGUUUAGGAAAGCAGCUCGCCACCCUUUUCCUUCGCCUCCUGGCCAUCGAGCUGGCCAGCACCAGCCGCUUCGAGCUGGCUACUCGGCAGUUCCCUCGUAUAACCACGGUUCCCGUGGUUCACCCCGUCGAUGGGUUAAAGGUCAAGUUCUAUGGCCUGGACUCCAACCAGAACGAGAUCAUGGCCAAAUCUGAAGAGUUGCUGGGUGCAACAGUUUGAGAGGGGGAGGCGUUCGUAAGUGGAAGAUUUAAAGAAGGAAAAAUUCAUCUCAAUGGGUUUUUCUUUCUUCUUCACUUUGUCUUGCCAAGUUGGAGCUUCUGUUCAGACUUGAAGUCCACAUCUCGUUACAGCCGAUGGUCGUGACUUGCCUGUAAGAAUGGACAAAACUGCCAAAAAAGUUCUUUAUGCUCUAUUCUGUGUAUUUUCUGAAGGAAUAUACAAGCAAAAUAUGUACAUAAAGCUACCUAAUAUAAUUUUAACAAGAGUAGUGCACAAGAGACUUUUGGUGAAAUAAAGCGUUGAGAAGUAAAGGCGUUGUGGAAAUGGGGUGAGAUGAAACAGGGUAGAGGAUGAAAAUAUAUUUUAACGUUCUUCUCGUUCUUAAUC